GCAAGUUGUCUCGUUGCUGUACGUAUUUGGUCAUUUUAGUUCCCUUCAGAGACCGUGUACGGUACCCCUCGGCAGUUCAGCCUUUUUAUAAAUCGCCAAAAAUCCCCGCAAAGAACAAGCCUUGCUGUUCGAUGGAGUUGGAAAAAUUGCGGUCGCAGUUGACAAGCCAACUUCAGCAACAUCAGAUUCUUAUCCAACAAAUCAAGACAGAUCCACAGAAUCCCGACCUACAGAAAAAGUUACAGAGUCUUCAAGCACAUAUUACAAGCCUGAGCGAACAACAAAGUCAUGUGGUGAAACAGUUGAGACAAGAGCUGAUGAACAAGACAGAGUUUAGAGGAGAGGAGAAUAAUAUCAAGUCACCUCUUAGUGAUAACCAUUCAAACAAUAUAACAUCACAUGACAACAAAGAAGCUGUUUUUCCAACAAGUAAACCACUUGUCAAACUAGAGCCAACAACCAAAAUGGAGCUGGCAAUCAAAACAGAACCUUUGGAUGUUAAACCUGUAAAAAUUGCUCCUCCGCAAAAGCCACUACCAAUCCAGCUUCCUAGACUCAAACCCAAACCACCUCCUGUAGUUAUCGUUUCUCCACAGCAUGGAAAAAUUGAGUUUACUGGUCAAAGUGCUGCACCAGCAUUACAAAUGGGUCCUGUAUUUUCUCCUGUCCACACACAGUCAUCGAUAACAAGCCCCAUCAGUAUUCCAACACACUAUCAGCAGAAUAACAAACCCCGAAACAGUGCAUUUAGAAACAGUGCACGCUCAUUUACAUCUCAUCAUCUGCAACCAAUACUGCCACGUCCAGCUUCUCAAAAUGUGUUUAUACAGCCACAAGAGGUCACUAGCAAACCUAUGGAAAAGGCUUUUGAACCCAAAAAAAUGGAAUUCAUGGCUGCUUUGGGGCUAAUUACACCACAGACACUAAUCGAAAUUCAGCUCAAGAGACAAGAACGGAAAAGAAGGAGCACUUGUAUUUCUCCACAGAAUGCACUGGAUAUUGACCCAGAGCCCAAGAGAAUAAAGAAGAUAACAAUGUUACCUGUAAAGAGAGGUAGAGGUCGUCCACCUAAGUUUAACAGUGCACCAAACUCACCAAAACCCACGUCACCUGUUCCAAAUGGAAUUGGCUACGGGGAAAAUGGCAAGCCCAAAAAAUUCAAGUACAAACGUGUGAUAACAGCUGACUCUCCUGUAGAUGAGGACGACAAUCAUGAUGAAGUGUGUGCCAUAUGUAAAGAGAGUGGAGAACUUCUACUUUGUGAUACGUGUAAUUUAGUUUAUCACAUGAGCUGUCUUGAUCCUCCCCUCACGGCUGUUCCUCCUGGUCUGUGGCUGUGUCCAAAGUGUAAGGUAAGACACUCAACAUGGCUGGAAAAUUGCUCGAUUACCAGUUACUGUUCAGGAAAGAAGCCUGCGCUAACAAUAAUUUUCAAUUGUUGUGUUUUAGCAAAAGAAGAGGAAAAAAAUAAACUACUGAAGAGAAGUGAAGAAUUAAAGGCGGAGAGAGUUGAAUUAGAGGCAAAAGCAAAACAGCUUAGUAACGCAAUAAUGGAACAGAUGCAAGCUAAGAGUGAACUGUCUGCGAGUAACAAAUCAGCACAGAAUUCUGUAGAUAGAUUGAUAAAGUUUAUUGAGUUGGUGCAGAGUUUAUGACAACCAAUGUUAUUGUUUCCAUGGAAUAAAUACUGAUAAUAUUUAUUGAAACCGUUUUCAAAUUGGUUUACUAAUUGUUUAACAGAAGAGAUUUGCUACAUAAUGCCCUAUUGUAUGAACUAUUUUUUGGGUGCGCAGAUGUUUUGGUGCAUUUUGUAAGCGUUGUAGAUAAUAUACAUAAUUGAAAAAGAUUUGUUGUUGUUUUGUAAUAGAAAACAGAAAAAGUGGAUGCCAGUUGCAACAGUAAUAAAAGUAAAAGUUGAUAAGUAUCUGAAAGCGUUGUGUAUUUAUAUUUCACUUGAAUGAAUUUCAUUCUGCCCUAAACUGAAAAUGCUCACAACAUGUGUAAAAUAUGCUAAGGGUCACUCUCAGACCCACCCCCUUGCUGGAUGGGAACAUGGACCAGUGGCUCUAGGCCCCAUGGAGCCAUUUUCUGUCAUACAACUCGGGGACCACUCUGUAAACAUUUCUGUGCGAUUGCAUCAUGCUUUUGCCUUAAGGGGUCCCACCCCCAUUUCCAACGGCGACACAUACGACAUAGGUCAUUCCGUUUCUCGGGGUUACCUUAUUAUUAGGGGUAGCACGAGCCAAUUUUCAAGGGGCUCUCUAUUUACUUUGUUGGUUUUUACCGCAAUUUAUUGUCCCAUUUCCCUUUACAACCUGUAACAAAUACAUGUAUGUAGAAGGUCACUCUAUACUUCCCGCAUUGGCCUCGUCUAGCUUUAUUUUCCAUUCGGGGCCCGCCUCUUUCGCAGCAGCAGUCCUGGUCCUUUGAGGUCGUCACGCAAUGCUCCCGGUUUUGUGUCACGAGGGAGCAUAUGAAGGGAGUAGAGGGGUUUCAACAAGUCGCCCCAAGAUCAUGGUGAGGAUCGAAAAAUGGCCUUGAAAAACAAGCUAGGUAAGGUUAACCUUUAUAUUUUAAUAAAAUAUACAAAAGGAAUACUUGGGACACGGUGGAAGUUGCAAACAGGUAUUCGAGGUUCGAGGGGUUUUUUUUCAUUUCCGUGACACAAAGGUUCUGGGAAUAUGGGCAUUUGAUGGCCUAGAACUAUGGCUGGGCAUUUGGGCAAGUUACCAUUGUCUACCAUUGUCUACUUCGCGCUAGCCUGCGAGCAGGCUCUUCACGGGAAAAUGAGAAAGGAAGAACUGUUCUCAUGACAACCUUCCUCCCCUCCAUUUUUCCCGCGAAGGUAACUUCGCGCGUAAUGACAUGCAAUCUCCAUAGCAACAGUUGAGUUCAAUCCUUGUCGAAG